UACAAAACAAGCGUUCGAUGUCUUCGGCUUCGCCCGGUCGUCUGGUCGUCAGCCGCGUGUGAAUGAACCAUCCGGACGGACAGCCGAAUUUUUACAUGUGGCGUUGAAAAUCUGAUGCAAUAGUAGUGAACCAAUUGUAUCUGUAAACAUGGCUGAUAACGAAGAUUCGGUGUUCGAUCCUAGCCUUCUGAAAAAGAAGAAGAAGAAGAAGACCACAGCAUUUGAUAUGGAUGCGGCUAUGGCUGAAGGUUCUCCUGCGGAUGCAUCCGACAACACUGACAAAGAGAACACGGAACCCGCAUCAAACGUGGAUAAUAUGGACAUGGACGAUUUAGAAAGUUUUGGAAAAAAGAAGAAAAAGAAGAAGAAGGCCUUCAAUUUGGAAGAAUUAGACAGUGCUCUACCAACUGACACAACGGCAGACGAACCCAGUGAACCCCUGCAAGAAGAUAUGGUUGAUGAUAGCUUUGACUAUGAUAUGGACUUCAGCAAGACGAAAAAGAAAAAGAAGAAGAAGAAGGACCUAGAUGAUUUAGUUGCUGAAGACGAGAACGAAAAGGCUGCAGAGAAGGAAAAUGCAAUGGAUGGUAUGAAUGAUAAUGAAAGUGAUAUUCAAUCCUGGGGUGGUUCUGACCGUGACUACACCUAUGAUGAGCUUUUGAAGCGUGUGUUUGAAAUUAUGCAUGACAAGAACCCUGAAAUGGUUGCUGGUAAGAAGCAGAAGUUUGUCAUGAGACCUCCUCAAGUGGUCCGUAUUGGAACCAAGAAAACUUCAUUCGCCAACUUUACAGAGAUUUGUAAAACACUGCAUCGGCAACCGAAGCAUUUGUUGGACUUUUUGUUAGCUGAAUUGGGUACUAGUGGAUCUGUUGAUGGAAAUAGCCAACUGAUUAUUAAAGGACGUUUCCAACAGAAACAAAUAGAAAAUGUUCUUCGACGGUAUAUUAAGGAAUAUGUAACAUGUCAUACCUGUCGAUCACCUGACACCAUUCUUCAAAAGGAUACCAGGUUGUUCUUCCUUCAAUGUGAAACCUGUGGUUCCAGAUGCUCUGUUGCUUCCAUCAAAUCAGGUUUCCAGGCUGUUACUGGAAAACGAGCUGCUAUUCGAGCAAAGACAACUUGAAACUAUCUUUUCACCUUGCUAUGGUCCGUUUUUACAUCAAAGUAUGGUCUACUGUACAUUGGUUAUAUAAAAAGAAAAACAACCUAUCAUCACGUUUCUGGUGUGAAGUGGUUUAUUGAGCUGUAAUUUAAUGUGUUCUUUUGAACAGAAAAGCCCUUUUGCACAUGCGUGGAAAAUGUUAUUGUUAUUCCUUUGAUCUGGAGGAUCAGUCCUGUUAAUAGGUUUUUCACUUUUAUCAUUAUUAUCAACUUUUCUCUGCAAACAUCCAAUGGAAGUACCAAGUCAUCUUUGAAGCAGGGACAUUAAAUAAAUGAUUUGUAUUGGACAUUUUUUAAUGCAAUUUUUUGGUCAUAAGUUCACAGUAUUGCGCCCCCUUUUCUAUUAAAAUUUGUGUGUGUGCUGACACUCUGGAUGACUGACUUUGUCAAUAUAUUCAUGGUUCACAGUU